AUGUCUGCAUCAUAUAAUGUCGAUGGAAUUAGGAAUUCAGAAGAAAAAUUGGAUGAAGAUAAUGAUCUGAUAAUCAAAUCAAUCAUUUGGAUAGAUGCACAAAUUAAUACGACCGAAGAAAAUCAACGAGCUCAACAUGAACUUAGAAGUGCUUUCGAUAGUAUUAAGAUACUCGUAUUUGAGCAAGUAUCCGAAUGUGAACAGUAUCUACAGCAACAUAUUAAUGAGCCGACAGUAAUUAUUGUUAGCGGAAAGUUUGCACAAAUAUUGACACCAGAAUUUUAUGAUAUAACAAGUAUAGAAUCAGUUUAUAUUUAUUGUCGUAAUACAGCUUGGAGUACAUCAUCAAUCAAUGAAUUUACUAAGUAUAGAGGUAUUUUCAAUGAAUUUAAUCAGCUUGUUAGUAAAAUUCAACUUGAUCGAAAACAAAUUGAACAAUCACGAUACUCUCCAACAACAUUUACCUUUUCUUUUAAUAACAAUGGUGAUUCUUCUCUUAUUAUUGACGGUGAUAUUCUUCAAUUUCGACAUGACAUUUAUGACCAACUAAUUGAGUUCCGAAAAUUACAAGCAAAAGUACCGAUUGAAACAUAUCGUGGUCAGCUAUUGUCAGUUGAGGAAUUGAGUAUUUGGGAACAGUCUGUUAAUCGUUUAGUAUUAAUGAAAUCUUUUUUUUCAACAACUGUCAAUCGAGAUCUUGCUCUAUUUAUUCUUGGUGAUGCUGCACAAAAUUCAGACCGCUGGCGUGUCGAAUCGAUAACUUCAUUGAAACGUGUUUUAUUCAUAAUUUCUGCUGAUCCUUCAAGCAUCGACAAUGAUAUGCCAUUUGCAGAUAUUGGACUGAAAAGUAAUUUUCCUGAGGAAGAAGAAACACUUUUUAUGGCUGGAUCUAUCUUUCGUAUAUUGGACACUCAUUACGAUGAUAAGGAAAAAAUUCAUAUGAUCAAUUUACAAUUAUGCACUAUAGAUAUAGAAACAAAUACAUUACUGACUCAUGCAGCGACACAUCUUGGUAAUGAUAAUUCAUCUAUCACUUUAGGCCAUGUACUUUUGGACAUAGGUCGAUUUGAUUUGGCUGAAACUUGUUAUAUUAAUGCAUUGCACAAAAUGCUUAAUCAAAAGAAUAUUCAAUACGAUCAACGGAACAUUGCAGUUUGUUAUCAUUCACUUGGUAAUAUUGCUCAGUUAAAAGAUGAAUAUGAAAAAAGUCUUGAGUGGUAUAAGAAAGGACUUGAGAAGUAUCAGGAGCUUCUCCCAGCCAAUCAUGAUUUCAUUGCUGAUUCUUAUCGAUCUAUUGGCGCAAUUUAUGGACGAAUGGGAACAACAUUACUCUACAAUUUGCUUGCCUGCGAUCCGAAUUGUCGUGCACCAUUGUACACUGAUAUGAUGAUUGACGUUGUUCCACCGAUUGCACGAUCUGAUUCGAUCGAACAAAAACGACGAAUCGAUAUUUUAUAUUCUUCUUCACAAGAAAGUGAACAGUUAACCAAUAUACUCAUUCAAACAGCUGCAUCUCAUCCACAUUUUCCAAUUGAAGAAGAUUGUCAUAUCCUGUGUCAAGCCGGCUAUUUUCCAUUGUUUACACUUCUAUCCAACGAUGAAGAUUCUAAUGCUGAGAGUUGGAUCCGUAAUGAAAUGAACAAAAGUUAUGCAUAUGAUUAUCAUGAAACAUUCGUGCGCAUGUUAAAUUCCGUUGACGCACCGAAGUCACAUUGGUUAUUAAAAACACAAUUCCAUGUUUUUUAUCUUGAUGGACUUCUUCGACAUUAUCCGAAUGCAUUAUUAAUUAUGACACAUCGAUCUCUUGAUGAAGUUCUUCCUUCAUGGUGUAGUUUGUUAAUGGCAGCUGCAAAUGGACAAUUUAAUGCAACGAAUUCAAUCAGUCGAGAUAGAAUAACGAAACGAUGUUGUCAAAAUAUGGAUAAAUCAAUCGAAUGUAUAAUGAAAUUUCGUACAUGUCAAAAUGGUGAAGUUGAUCAAUCGAGAAAAAAUAUGUUAGAUAUUACUUAUGACAAUUUGAUGAAGAAUCCCAUUGGUGUUGUUCAUCAAAUCUAUGAUUAUUUCAAUCUUCAAUGGUCAAACGAAUUCGAAAAAGCGAUGCAUAAUUGGCUUAUGGAAAAUCCUCAGGGCAAACAAGGUCGUCAUAAAUAUACUCUUUCCGAAUUUGGUUUCAAUCGAGAAGAUAUCCAAGCACGUUAUGCUGAUUAUACGAAUUUGUUUCUAUGUUCAACAUUUUCGGAUAAUCAGUCUCCAUCGACAAAUUGA